AUGCCUCGGAGACCGGAUGUCAGCAGCAGCUGUUGCUUGCCAUUGCACCUGAAUGAGGACAAUGCUCGCUUCGGCCUGCUGGCGGCACUCAUCCUGCUUUACCUGCUGUGUGGGGCGGUUGUGUUCUCUGCCCUGGAGCGGCCCUCAGAGCUGCAGGCUCACCAGCGCUGGCAGGAACAGCUGGCCAACUUCACCCAGCAGCACAGGCUCAGUCUGGACAGCUUGCAGGUUCUGCUGAGGCAGUAUGAGGAGGCCUUCGUCACUGGGAUUCGAGUGGACGCCUUGAGGCCUCGCUGGGACUUCUCUGGGGCUUUCUACUUUGUUGGCACAGUAAUCUCCACAAUAGGUUUUGGCAUGACCACUCCUGCCACAGUUGGUGGUAAAGUCUUUCUGAUCUUCUAUGGACUCAUCGGCUGUGCUGCGACUAUCCUCUUCUUUAACCUCUUCCUGGAACGUAUUAUCACUAUGCUGGCGUAUAUCAUGCGCUGGUGUCAUGAAAGGCAGCUGCGGCGGGCUGGUGUCGGGGGAGUGGAGGCCCGCGGUGAGGAUGACAGCCUGGAGGGCUGGAAGCCCUCUGUGUACUACGUGAUGCUGAUUCUGGGCAUUGCUGCACUGUUGAUCGCCUGCUGUGCCUCAGCGCUUUACUCAACCAUGGAGGACUGGGACUACUUUGAUUCGCUGUACUUCUGCUUCGUGGCCUUCAGCACUAUUGGCUUCGGGGACCUGGUGAGCAGCCAAAGGGAGAGCUACAAGAAUCAGGAGGCCUACAGGCUGGGAAACUGCCUUUUCAUCCUUAUGGGCGUUUGCUGCAUCUACUCACUCUUUAACGUCAUCUCCAUUAUUAUCAAGCAGACGCUGAACUGGAUCCUGGCUAAACUGGACUGCAGCAGGAUGCAGUGUCCCUGCCGAGGCCGCAACUACAGGAGGCAAGGGCGGGCCUGCUGCUGCUGCUGCUGCCCCUGCAUACCUGGCCAGCGCCGCAGCCAGCAUCCUCCACCUGGCCAUCCCCGACAGAGGGCCCAGAAGCGCAACGCUGUGCACCCUGCCCCUGCAAAUGAGGCUGCGAGGAAGCAGCGUUUCACUAAUGCAUCAGUGGAAACAGUAUGCGAUAGUGAGACUGAUGCUGGCCCGGGGCCAGAUGGAGGUUAUCUAACAGGGCGCAGACUGUCUGGAGAAAUGAUCUCAGUCAAUGACUUUAUGGCCAACAAGGUUUCUCUGGCAAUUCUGCAAAAGCAGCUCUCUGAGACUGCCCAUGGAAAUCCGAGACAGAGCCAUGUUCGCCAAAAUGGCUUCUCUGGUGGAGUGGGGGCUUUCGCUAUCAUGAAUAAUCGGCUACAGGAGACCAGUGUGGACAGGUAG